GACGCGCCAGAUCGAAAGUAGCCGCGUCGUAGCUUCGACCGAACCGAGCGAUAGUGUGAACACAAGAAGCAGACAGCCCGUUCUGUGGUCCUCGUCGUUACUUGCGCGCCUGCCUUGCCCAGUCAGUCGUCAGAGCUCUUCUUACUUCUUCCGAGGAUGAAGAAAUAAGAAACUUUCCAACAAGAACACUGCCCAACAUAUUAUUCCACUUGUCUUUCGCGAGACGCACUGCACCGAACCAGCCGCGAAAGGGCGUGAAGCAGAAGAGUAGGGAAAUCACGAAAAUCGCUGAUGCACGCGGGAAAACCUGUGAACAGAAGAUUGAGUUUUUUUCGUGUAAAUUAUUAUUUGUAAAGUUCCUAAAUUAGAGAAUUUUGGUGAGUGAGCUGUGGGGAGGCCGACUUGGAGGAAGACACAGGCCAAAAAUUCCAGUUUCAAAGUGCUGCAGUGUUGACGUUUGUUUUCUCCAAUAUAUAAGCCAUUUAAAAAUAGCGACAAUCCAACCGUCGGAUAGUGACCUCAAAAUAUAGCGAAGAAGACACCACGAAGUACAACAGAUCGAAUUAGUACUGGAAUAAUCACUAGCUGUUAAAAAGUGUUCAGGUGGACAGAAAAAAAAGUGGUGCAAGGAAUUCGAAAGCAGUGACGACGCGGAGCUCCUGUUUCAGCUGACUGUGCAACGGCCUAAAGCUGGCCACGGUUCGCUGCUAGUAGUACCCGAGCGAGCCCUAGGCCAGGGGCUUCCGGGGCGACCAUCGCUAUGGGCACCCCAGUGAAAUGGUUAAUAACGACCACUCUUCUAGUAUGGUUUGGAGAACACACAUAUGCGCAAUUUUGGCAAGAUUUAACAGGCGGCGUUGGUCUAUUCAACCGUAACGAAAGAGAUUUCGAUCGAGCACCAGCACGAGCACCCCUUGAUCCCAGUUAUAAUCUUAUCGACACAGUAAGCAGUGCCAAAGGGCCACCAAUUAAGAAUUGUACCUCCGGUACCGGGUGCUGUACACCGAAAUGUUUCGCCGAGAAAGGUAACCGUGGACUUCCUGGACCCAUGGGCUUGCAAGGUCCAAAGGGCAUGCAGGGUUUCACCGGUGCUGAAGGUUUGCCAGGCAGUAAAGGCUCCAAAGGUGAACCGGGUCCCAUGGGACCGCUUGGAAUUAAAGGCGAUCGAGGGCGAGAUGGUCUUCCGGGCUAUCCCGGCGUGCCGGGAACGAAUGGUUUACCGGGUGCAACCGGCGCACCUGGUAUCCCCGGAGUUGAUGGUUGCAAUGGCACGGAUGGUCUGCCAGGCUUACCGGGGUUGAAAGGAGAACCCGGACCACGAGGGUAUCCUGGUUUGCGAGGUGAUCGAGGUGAGAAAGGUGAAGCAGCGAGAGAUCCAGCGAAUUAUAAUAAAGGUCAGAAGGGAGAACCAGGUCGAGAUGGUGCUGAAGGAUUACAAGGCCGACAAGGUGAACAGGGUGAACGGGGACAUGAAGGACGUCCCGGCACACCUGGGGUGCCUGGACCAGCUGGAAUAAAAGGUGAUAAGGGAAUAAAGGGUGCCUGCACAAAAGGUGACAAGGGUGAGAAAGGUGAAAGAGGUGCAGAGAUAAUCUCGUUCGAUGGGAGUGAAACAAUAACCGGACCGCCAGGCCAGAAAGGUGAAAAAGGUAAUGACGGGUUACCUGGUAUUCCCGGUGAAAAAGGUCAGGCAGGAGAUCAAGGACCCGGUGGAGAUAGAGGCUUAAAAGGAGAAAAAGGCUUACCAGGGCAGCCUGGUCCUAGAGGUCGCGACGGUAAUUUCGGUCCAGUGGGCUUACCUGGGCAAAAAGGAGAUCGAGGUAUUGAAGGUCUGCAUGGUUUGAAAGGAAAUCCUGGACCAAAAGGUGAAUCGGGAAGUGAUGGUUACCCAGGUCUACAAGGCAUUGCUGGUCCCCCGGGACCGCCAGGUGGUGGUGAAGGCCGACCAGGUUCGCCAGGUCCAAAGGGUCCACGUGGCUAUCCUGGACCUCAGGGUCCAAAGGGUAUUGAUGGAUUCCCAGGAGAUCCAGGACCACGCGGACAGAUCGGUCCCAAGGGGGGUCAAGGUAUUCCCGGACGACCAGGUCCAGAAGGUUUCCCAGGAGAAAAAGGAGCAAAAGGAGAGCCUGGAGCAAUCGGAUUGCCAGGACCUCAAGGACCUCGUGGAUUCCCGGGUGCACCAGGACCAGAAGGUUUACGUGGAGAACCUGGUGAGCCUGGCUUUGGUACUCCUGGUCAAAAAGGAAACUCAGGAAUGGCUGGGUUCCCUGGUCUAAAAGGUCAGAAAGGAGAGCGUGGCUUCAAAGGAUUGAUGGGAGCUCCCGGUGAUGCAAAGGAAGGUCGCCCUGGUCCAGCUGGUAGACCUGGUAGAGAUGGUGAAAAGGGUGAUUCCGGACGGCCUGGUAUACCAGGUAUAAAGGGAGAACGAGGAGAAAAAGGUGACAUCGGUGGACGUUGCUCGGACUGUCGCCCGGGAAUGAAGGGUGAAAAGGGCGAACGUGGAUAUGAUGGGCCUCCCGGGAGAAUGGGCAUUCCAGGCACACCCGGAGAGCGAGGUUAUCCUGGUGAAAGUGGAGCCGAUGGAAGCCCAGGCCCUCGUGGUGCACCAGGCAAAAAAGGAGAACCAGGUAUUACAGGCGCCGAUGGUCCGGCAGGUGAACGUGGUGAAUCAGCUGUUGUGGCCUUGGAUCAAAUCAAAAUGAUCAAAGGUUCAAAAGGCGAACGAGGUGAUACUGGUGUCAUGGGUCCAAAAGGUGAACCCGGAAUGUAUGGACCUCGGGGUCCAAUGGGACUGAAAGGUGACACAGGACCAAAGGGAGACAAAGGACGUCCAGGAGAACCAGGCAUUGAUGGUACUCCAGGUGCAGCAGGGCGCGAUGGAACUCCCGGCAAACCAGGUGAAUCCAUUCGAGGAGAGCCAGGACUUAAGGGACAUCCAGGUUAUCCAGGAGAAAAAGGAGACAAAGGUUACGGCGGGUUAAAGGGAGAACCCGGUAGAUGCUCUAGCAUUCCUCCUAACUUAGAGGCGGCAGUUAAAGGUCCACCCGGAGAACCGGGUGAGAAGGGUUUUAUGGGUCCUGUUGGCAUUCAAGGAGAAAAGGGAGACAAGGGGGAUCGUGGUUUGACUGGUUUAUCUGGGGCAACUGGACCACAAGGUGCUCCAGGUCCAGUUGGACCUAGAGGAUUACCAGGACCACGGGGUGAAAAAGGAAACCCAGGUCCACUGGGAUUCCCUGGCAUUCCGGGCAAAGAUGGCAACCCGGGUAUUCCGGGAUUGCCUGGGCCAAAAGGCACAAAAGGAGACCCAGGCUUGUCGAUGGUUGGUCCUCCAGGUCCAAAGGGCAAUCAAGGUUUGAGAGGUCCGAAAGGUGAUCGGGGAAGUGGUGGUGAUCGCGGUGAUUCUGGUCCACCUGGCAUGGUUGGUUAUCCUGGAGAGAAAGGAGAUGCAGGAAUUGCUGGAAUUUCAGGUUUACCUGGUCCGGUUGGUCCGAAAGGCGAACCAGGUCCUAUCGGACCUGCAGGCCUUCCUGGUGCUCCUGGUCGACCUGGUAUUGAUGGUGUAAAAGGAUUACCUGGCUUGAAGGGUGAUAUUGGAACGCCAGGUGUAAUUGGUUGGCCAGGACAGAAGGGUGAUACUGGUCCCCCAGGAAGUGAUGGCUCCAAGGGAUUCCAAGGCCGCAAAGGAGUACAGGGUAUACCUGGUGCCCCAGGUUUGCCAGGUUUGCAAGGACCGAAGGGAGAACGAGGAGAAAAGGGCGAUAAAGGUGAAUUCGGUCUUAGUGGAAGUCCUGGUUUACCUGGACCGCCAGGUCCGUUUGGUGUAAAAGGUGAUAGAGGUUUAGUAGGACCUCCCGGCCUGGAUGGUUUAACUGGUCUUCCAGGUGAAAAGGGUGAUCGCGGCUAUUCAGGAGCUCCAGGUCUUCCUGGUGAACCUGGAGAUUCAUCGGAAAAGGGUCAAAAAGGUGAACCAGGUGCACCAGGGUUACGAGGAGUCGACGGACGACCUGGUUUGAAUGGACUUAUGGGACCGAAGGGAGACCCUGGGCUUCCUGGAUAUGGAAGACCAGGCGCACCUGGCGAGAAAGGUGAUCGUGGAAAUCCUGGAUUCGAUGGCUUGCCUGGUAUUAAUGGAGAGAAAGGUGAUGCUGGCGUCACUGGUUUCCCGGGUAUUAAAGGUGACAAGGGUACCUCUGGACUUCCUGGUAUUCCCGGUUCACCUGGUAUGGAUGGAGCUCCAGGUCCUGAAGGAGUACCUGGUCUGCGUGGACUUGAUGGCGAGAAAGGCGUCAAGGGCGAAGCUGGACGCAUUGGAGAGCGUGGUGAUCGAGGCGAUAAAGGUGACAUGGGUCCUCCAGGUCCUCCUGGCUAUAUGGGUCUGAAGGGUGACCGCGGUUUUCCAGGUGAACGAGGUGCACCCGCACCGGUGCAAGAUAUCAAAGGUGAUAAAGGCGAACCUGGACUGCCAGGUCCUGUCGGCUUACCUGGCAAGGUUGGAUUACCUGGAUUGGUUGGUGAAAUGGGUAUGAAGGGAUCUAUAGGAAUUCAAGGUCAACCAGGAUUCCCCGGUCCACCCGGAUUGAAUGGUUUGCCCGGUAUGAAGGGCGAUAUGGGCCCGUCAGGUGAAAAGGGCGAGCCAUGUCCUGUCGUUAAAGGAGAAAAGGGAUUACCAGGCCGACCCGGUAAAAAUGGACGAGAUGGGGGUCCUGGACCGCUCGGUGAGAAAGGUGAUAAAGGAUUACCAGGUUUAGCAGGUCCAGCAGGCCCACCAGGAUUGCCUGGUCCAUUAGGUAGACAGGGUGAAAAGGGCGAUCGUGGAGAUUCUGGCAUUGAAGGGCGUCCCGGAAAAGACGGUUUCCCAGGGCCUCCAGGACCAAAGGGAGAGCGUGGUUUCCCUGGUGAAAAAGGAAACCCCGGACCACCAGGAUUCCCUGGUCCGCAAGGAGAAAAGGGAGACAGAGGUCGAGACGGUCGAGAUGGAUUCAACGGUCCUCAAGGUGCGAAGGGUGAACGCGGCCCGCAAGGUCCCGAAGGUAUUCCUGGACUGGUAGGUUUGUUAGGUGAAAAAGGAGAUAGAGGUAUCAGAGGCUCUCCAGGUCUUGACGGUGCUCCGGGUGAGAAGGGCCAAAAGGGUGAAACCCCAGUUUUGCCUCCACAACGAAGAGGUCCUCCUGGUCCGCCUGGAUUUGAUGGUCCCAAAGGAGAUAAGGGACUGGCUGGUCUGCAAGGUCCACCUGGAAUUCCAGGAGCGGUUGGCGCUCCGGGUGAAAUCGGUUUACGUGGCUUAGAAGGUGCUCGCGGUUUGCAAGGAAUGCGAGGUGAAAUUGGUCUGGAAGGUCGACCGGGUCGUGAUGGGUUGCCAGGUACUCCGGGUCCGAAAGGAGAGGCAGGUUUGCCGUGCGCUCCUGCUCCAGAUUAUCUUACCGGCAUUUUACUUGUUAAGCAUAGUCAAUCGGAAGAAAUACCACAAUGUGAACCAGGGCAUAUAAAAAUUUGGGACGGUUACUCACUCUUGUACGUGGACGGUAAUGAUUACCCGCAUAAUCAAGACUUAGGUUCAGCAGGAUCGUGUGUUAGGAAAUUCUCAACUCUUCCGAUUGUGGCCUGUGGUCAAAACAAUGUUUGCAAUUAUGCGUCGCGAAACGAUCGAACAUUCUGGCUAUCCACGUCGGCUCCUAUUCCGAUGAUGCCGGUCACUGAACACGAAAUGCGACCAUACAUUUCAAGGUGUACGGUUUGCGAAGCACCAUCCAACGUCAUCGCCGUGCACAGUCAGUCGUUGGCAAUACCGAAUUGUCCCAACGGAUGGGAGGGUCUGUGGAUCGGAUACAGUUUCUUAAUGCAUACUGCCGUUGGCCAUGGAGGUGGCGGACAGGCCCUAGCAGGACCUGGAUCAUGCUUAGAAGACUUCCGUGCCACACCGUUCAUUGAAUGUAAUGGUGGCAAAGGUCAUUGUCACUACUACGAGACGCAGACGUCAUUCUGGCUGGUGUCGCUUGAAGAUCACCAACAAUUCGAGCGGCCUCAGCAGCAGACCCUGAAGGCGGGUAACCUGCUGUCUAGAAUAUCGCGAUGUCAAGUGUGUAUUCGUGUUUAGUUCUUUUUUCUCUAGCGAAAAAAAAAAUUAAAAGUGCAUGACGAAGGCAAAAAUGUUUAAUUUAUACAACAACGUGCCACACCUAAGUUAUUUCUUAAAAGAGAAUUAGAAUAUGUUGGGGGACUUUGGCUAAUAAUUAUCGCUAGAGUUUAUAACAAAUGCAAGUCCGAAAAGAAACCAAAAAUAUGUAAAAAACUGAGAGUAUGUAAGUAAACGAGUUUGAAUUCCUGUAGCUUUUUAUAAAAGAAAUAUGCAAUUUUAUUUUAGGCACUAUAAAACCUACGCUAGUUGCUCUAAUAAGUUACUCUAAAUACAACAAAACCAUGUUACUGCCUUUAAAAACUGAAUCUGUCAAAUUCUCAUAAACUUCCCUGCAACGAAUUUAGUUAGUUUAUAACAAAGCUUAUGUUCUAAUGAAUAUUAUUACCAGUGCGAUUACAUUUUGUGAUUGAUUUAAAUUUCUUGAUUAACGUGUAAUAUUCUAAAAAAACUGCCCAUAAUUGCUCGCUUAAUUUUUUGUUUCGUUUCGAAGAGUAUAACGAUCGAUGUGUUCAUAAAAAAGCAAACCUUCAAUAGCUCGUGGAGAAAAUCGGUCAUUUCUCUUCCGGGCUUAAGCGUUAAGGUUAUCGUUUACGUUCUUAUUACUGAUUAGAGUGCCAUUAGAGAAAAGUUAUUUCAGGUGAAAACUAAAUAUCCAACGCUAAAUAUGAAGUCAGCCAUAUUACUCUAGAGAGAAAGAGGGAAAAAGAAAAGAAUUUACAACACAGUGUACAUCGAUUAAGAAAACGCAUUUUGUAAACUGUACAUUUCCGUUCUUUUUUUAAUAAUACUAAGUGUUAUAACCAAGUAUCUCCUUUAUCUUGCGUUUUCCAGUCAGUGUAAUAAAGUCGCUCAACUCGAAAUAAACGUUUCAGAACAACAAAAGUGCGCGCGGAAAGUCUUGAACA